AUGAGUGUGAAACAUCUGAGUACCGGUUCUGUUCCACCGCCGGUAGUUCCAGGAAAACUACGUCUUUACAGCAUGAGAUUUUGUCCUUAUGCUCAACGUGUGCAUCUCGUUCUUGAUACUAAAAAAAUUCCAUAUGACGUCGUUUAUGUAAAUUUGACUAACAAACCCGAGUGGCUGAUUGAAAAAAGUCCCCUUGGCAAAGUUCCUUGCAUUGAGUUUGAAGAUGGUCAAGUUUUGUACGAAAGUCUUAUAAUCGCUGAUUAUUUGAAUGAAGCUCAUCCAGAGCCUAAUUUAUAUCCCAGCGAUCCGAAAGCUAAAGCUAAGGAUAAAAUUCUAAUUGAACGCUUCAAUGGAUUAAUUUCAUUAAUGUACAAGGUAAUUUUCUACCUGUCUCCUAGUGUCGAUCGCGACAUGUUUGAAGAAGCAUUGAAGGUAUUGGAAUUUUUUGACAGAGAACUAGUUUCUCGAGCAAGUCCUUUCUUCGGCGGAGUGAAACCCGGCAUGGUUGAUCUUAUGAUUUGGCCUUGGUUCGAAAGAGCUGAUAUUAUUCGUAUCAUGAGAGGAGAAAAUUACGUUAUUCCUCGUGAGCGCGUUCCUCGUAUUAUGGAAUGGAAAGCUGCUAUGAAGGAAGAUCCAGGCGUUAAAGUCAGCUGUCUGGAACCUGAAGUUCAUGCUAAGUAUAUGAAGAGUCGUGGUGCUGGUACACCGCAAUACGAUUUACUCGUUCAAUAA